GUCAAGGCUAAUAGGGUUGUUUUACAAAAAAGCCAUCUUCUAGACCCUUUAAUUCCCCAACUGCCGUGCAAAUGGCCAAGGAGCACGUGGAAAGGGAUUACGCAGUGGUGGGCAGUUGGGAAGAUACCAACGUAACUCUCACGGUGUUAGAGCGUUAUAUUCCGCGAUUCUUUCGCGGUGCCAAGCUGAUGUAUGAAAUGCACAAUAACAAGAUCACCAAUCGCAACAAGAACAAACGCAAGCCGUAUAUUGAACCCGAGGUCAAGGAUAUGAUUCGCAAGAAUUUCACAAACGAAUAUGAUUUCUAUUACUUUUGCAAGCAGCGUUUGUACAAACAGUAUCUGGCCCUCAAUCUGAAGGAGCUGGAGAAGCAUGGUCUUUUAAAUUAGUCGGCUAUAGGCCGAAGUCUAGAGAUUAUUCAGUGAUAUAUGUAACCUUUGCGAACAAAAUUUCUUAUACAAAUAAACAGUAGUCAGUAAAGCAGUAGAGUAAACCCCACACUCUUUGUACACGUCGAACCCCAUCCUUGUGUCUCAUCGUUUGUUGUGUCACAUGGUGUUGCUGUUUCUAAAACCCUCUCCCCAUCCCA